UAUGUUGUUCGGAAAGGCAUGAACGAAAUAGGUUAUAGAUAAAGUUGUAGAACAAGUUGUUUAACGCACUAUUAUGUACUGUGGAUGGGGUUUACAGUUGAGUGGUUAUGUAGGGAAGAACAGAAUUUAAUUAUACGAAGUUGAUACAUUUUUUCGUAAAAGUAAAAAGCUUUAUAAAAAUUUAUCCUAUUACUAUACUUGCGUCAGACUUAUAUUUGAGAUGCUGUGAUAAUAACUUAGUGUUCUUAGAGAAUAAGCCUCAGCACAGAUAGCAUCUCACUGUGGACAUCUGGAAGAUAAUUUACCUCACUCAGUGAAGAAGAUUUUUUACAGGGAAGAAGUGCAAUGGACUAUUAUCGGAUCAGCUGAUUGAACCCAAGCUGACAUACAUUCUCAACAGAAAGAAAUCAAUUUCAUUGGCAAACAGGGAUUUUUUUUUCAUUGACUGUGCAUUUAACAACUGAAUGUGUGUAAUUGUUUGUUUGUGAACUAGUGUGUAUGUUGACAGAUUGCAUAAAUCUACAUUUACGUAGGAAUAAUAAGUGUAGUUGGGUUAUAUUUGCAUCAAUAAUUAUUCAAGUUUCACUGAAUUAAUUGUAAGAGAAAUUAAGAAGCCGAUGCUCACAUAACUAUGUGGAAGAAUUAAUUAGAUAUUUGUGAUUGUAGAGGGCGAUUACAACUGAUGUAUUGUUAUUAGCCUCGAGGUAGUUUACACACUUGUUGUAAUAUCUUUAAUAACUUUAUGACAAAUUAUUAGAAUAUUUCAAUUUGAUUGGCGGCCUUUGAUUAAGUGUUAAUUAGGUCAUAUUGUACCUGGAGAGAAAGUUACGUUUAUUACACAUUCGAAAAAAAUAAUGGGAAAUAAGUUUCGUAAAUUUACGAUUUCUGGUGGGAGUAGUAGUGAAAAGGAUACCAAAUCAAAAGACAAUGUCGAGGCCAACACUGCUUCAGAGCAGAAAAGUGAAAAGGCCUCUGAGGACCAAAAUGAUAAAGUUCAAAAUGAUAUAAAACAGUCAGAGCCUGAGAACAAAAAUGACACAGGACAGGAUGUAGUUUUGAAAGAGGAUUCAACACCUCAGAGUGAUCAGAACAAAACUGAAACAGGACAGGAGGUUGUUGUGAAGGAGGAGGACACAAAACCUCAAAGUGAGGAAAAUCAAAAGACUGAUGAAAAUAAAGUUGAAAGUGAAAGUGAAAGUAAAGAAACCAAGUCAGAAGAUGCUGGGUUGAAAGUUAGUGAACCUCAGGUCAUUGAUGAAGAACAAAAAGCAAAACCAGUCAAAUCGUCUACACCACCUAGUGAUGAGAAAGAAGAUGAUAUAUCAGAGACACCACCUCAUCACAUGCAAAAGAGGAUCAGAAGAGGGGCAGUCAGUGCAGAGGUGUACAAAGAGGAGGAUGCAGCACAGUAUGUCAAAAAGGUUGUGCCAAAGGACUACAAAACCAUGGCAGCAUUGUCAAAAGCUAUCGGCAAAAAUGUUCUCUUUUCUCAUUUAGAUGAUAAUGAAAGAAGUGAUAUUUUCGAUGCCAUGUUUCCAGUGCACAGACAUUCAGGGGAGGUCAUUAUACUGCAAGGUGAUGAGGGUGAUAAUUUCUAUGUUAUUGACCAAGGUGAAGUAGAUAUAUUUGUGAAUGGAGUUAAUGUGACAACCAUUAGUGAGGGUGGAAGUUUUGGAGAACUGGCUCUUAUUUAUGGAACACCUAGAGCAGCAACAGUUAAGGCAAAAGGUGAUGUAAAAUUAUGGGGCAUUGACAGAGACAGUUACAGAAGAAUACUUAUGGGAAGUACAAUACGAAAGAGAAAAAUGUAUGAAGAAUUCCUUUGUAAAGUUUCUAUAUUGGAAAAUCUUGACAAAUGGGAGAGACUAACAGUAGCAGAUGCCUUAGAACCAGUACAAUUUGAAGAUGGAGAGGAAAUAGUUAGGCAAGGGGAACCAGGAGAAGAUUUCUUUAUCAUUGCUGAGGGUCAAGCUUCCGUUUUACAGAGAAAGUCAGAUGAUGAGGAACCAAUAGAAGUAGGAAGAUUAGGAGUCUCAGAUUACUUUGGUGAAAUUGCUUUAAUAUUAGAUCGACCCAGAGCUGCCACAGUCAUCGCUAGAGGCCAAUUAAAAUGUGUCAAACUAGACCGAGGGCGAUUUGAGCGUGUAUUAGGGCCUUGUUCGGACAUUCUCAAGAGAAACAUUUCACAAUACAAUAGUUUUGUAUCAUUAUCAGUGUAGAACUUACUCAGUUGUAUAGAUUUUAUUUUUUGAUAUUUUAUGGACGCAGAUGAAAAGUAUUUUGCUAUUUUUCCAUGGAUUUCAUUUGUGAAAUGAUCUCAUUAAAUUCUUCAGGAAGUUUUGUAUGAAAUGUUUAACUGAAUGUUUGAAUGGAAGUUAAAAUGAUAAAAAAAAUCUACCAAAACAAAGUGUUAUGCCCCUUUUCCAUUCCUUUCAAAUAUGUAUAUGAAACCCUCAAAAUUUGAUUAAACUACAUAGAGGAUGAAUUUUCAUGAACACAUCUGUAAAAAGAUAAAUAAUUCCUAGUUUUAGUUUUAGUUGACACAGGAUCAAAAAUGUCAUAGAAUGUGCAUGUAAAACAUGUUUUAAAAAUUACACGAAAUUAUUCAUUAAGAUGAACUAAAUGAUUUUUUUAUUCCCCUAAUUAAUAAUAUGCAAAUUACCUAUUUGAUGAAAGUUAAUUAAUAUGAUUUUAUGUUUUGUCUGCAGGUGUUGAGCUUUAUACUUUAAAAGUCAUAUUUCCAUGAGUUUAUUUAAAUGAAAAUAGCAAAGUACUUUCUAUAUGUGUUGUUCCAAAGUCGUUAAAAAUUAUUUAUUAUUAAUUUAAUAAAGCUAGGGCUUAAGACUUGUGAUAGGUUAGGCUUUGUUAGAAUUGUACAAAUUUUACUGUGCUGUACAUUGCUUAUAUAGAAGUUAUUGUACAGUAUAGUAUGUAUAGGCUAUAGCUUUUGGGGUAUUUUAUUAAGAAUUUAUGACUUUAACUAAACUAAGCAUUACGAAAAAAAGAUAUAGUUCUGAGGUAGUGCUAUUUUGAUAGAGAUAUACAUGAUCUAAAUCUUUUGAUCUUUCCUAUAAAUUGGUUUUAAAAUUGUAAAAUCAAAUAAAUAAUAUUUUCUAGUUACAGUCAUUGUCAUUAGUUUGAAUAAUUAUUUUGUUUUAGACUUAUUAUAUAAUAUCCUAUGUUCAUUCUCGCAAGAAGAUUUCUCAAAGGGAAAAGAAAUUAAUUCAAAUUGCUAAAACCAGGUUUUUUGUCAAAUGUUGGAUGAGCCUCAUUAAUAAAUGUUGUUUGACUGUGUGGCCUUUUGUUAAUAUCUUUGAAGAUUAGAUUUAUUGUUUUGUUUUUGCCUGUUAUUUUAAGUUUGUUUUGUUUGCUGACCAAAAAAACAUAUAGUUUAUUUUAACAUAGAUGCUUACACCUUCAAUACUUUUGAAUGUUAAACAGUUGUUCCAAAUUAAAAUAUUAUUGUCAACUUUGUUUUUUAUUAAGAGUCUAUGACCUUGAUCAAUAGAAAUUACUUGUAUUAAAACAGUAAUAGUAAUCAGGGGCUGAUCCGAAUUUCUGAAAAAAGGGGGAUAUUUAAAAAAAAUUGUAAUAGUGUUCAGGGGGAGGGUUA